AUGACGGAGCCGCAGCCGUUCUGGCACGGCCUGGCCGCAGGGGCCUGCGCCACUAUGACGUCCAGAGUCUUGACAUAUCCCCCAGACACGAUCAAGGCUCGGCUGCAGGUGCAGGGUGCAGGGCACCUCCCCAAAACCAACCCGCUGAACACCUUCCAGAUGAUCAGCCAGGUCUUCCGGACAGAGGGCGUGCGGGGGUUUUAUCGUGGGUUCGGGGGCAUCAUGCUCACCGUCAUCCCCGCCAACAUGUGCUACUUCAGCGGCUACGAGCUGGGCAAGCGCAUCACACCCCCAGGCCUGGGGGUGCUCUCUGACGUGGCCACGGCAGCCAUUGCACAGGGCGUGGCGGGCAUCGUGUACUGCCCCAUCGACAUCGUGAAGCAGCGCGUGCAGACCGCCGCGGUCAUGGAGGCGGGGGCCACCCACCGUCAGUUUGGGGUGCUGGACGCGGCCCGCCAGAUAUGGGCUGGCCAGGGCGUCAAGGGAUUCUUCCGGGGAUACCUGACCAUGAACGCGCUGUGGAUGCCCUGGAACCUCAUCUACAUCCCCGCCUACGAGGCCUGCAAGCGACGGUGGUAUUAUCACGCUCUGGAGAAACAGCGCACUGCGGCCAGCAGUGGUGGUGCACUGCGGGCCCCCGCCGCCGGCGCGCCAGCCGGCGACUGCCAGCCCGGCAUUGCCGCCGAGACCGACCCCCCGCUGCAGCAGCUGCUCCCCAUCUGGGCCUUCCCCCUGUGCUCCUCGGUCUGCGCGGCCACGGCGGCCAUCUGCACCCACCCCAUCGACGUCGUGAAGACGCGGCUCCAGGUGCUGUCGGCAGCCGACCCGAGCGUCAGGCGGGGCGCCUUCCAGAUCGCGGGCCAGCUGCUGAGGCAGGAAGGUCUGCGUGGUUUUAAGAGGGGCCUCGGCCCAAGGGUGGUCACCAUGGCAGCUGGCAGCUCCGUCUCCUGGUUUGGGUACGAGCUGGUCAAGCGGAGGCUUUUGGAGUGGGAGCGAGAUCAAUGA